AUGGCUUUUGUUGCGGAACAAUUUUUCCUGGAUAUGGAUGCGACAACCCUCAAUGGAUGGGUUGACUUCGAUCAAUUCCUCGAUCUCCCUCCAGGCUACGACGACCAAUCGACUGCCACCACUGUCUCACCUCAGGACCUGGCUCUGCCUUUUGAAGCAGAUGGGAUGUUCCCUUCCCCCUCUGAAUUCUUGCAAUCCUCCAUGCAAUCUUCCUUCGAAAUGACGAAUUGUGAUCUCCCACAAGAGGAGCUCAUGGGAAUGGAUGGAAGUUUCAUGCAGGGGCCAGCUGCUCCUUUGUUCGACGAUGCUGCAUUCUUGGGAUACAACCCAUACGACAGCAGAAAUUCAUUUCGAAACUUGGUUGAGGCGCAGGCCGCCUCCGACCCGCGUGUUGCUACUAUCAAGGAGAAGCGCCGUGAGGCGGCGAUUGCGCUGCACCUGCAGCGCCUUUGUGUUGCGACUGCUCUUGACUUGGAUAUGUCCUCAGACUCCAACACUAGCUUCUCAUCCCCAAGCUGGUCCGAGUACGUUCGUGGGAGCACCUCUCCGCGUCCCAGCCCAGAGAACAUGUCUGUCUCCGAGGCACCCCCUCCAGGAGGUAUGGAGUUGGUUCUUGACUUGAAUAUGAACGCUGCAACCAACGUGCCUAAGAAACAGAAGCCCCGCUCUCAGGCACAGAAGGAGAACUACAUCAAGGCUCGGAAGUACGGUGCUUGUGAGAAGCACAAGAAGCAGCACAAGCGAUGCAACUGUUUGGAGAAGGCUGCUGCUCGUGCCUCUGCCAAUGAUGUUACGAUGGACGCCGCUCUCCAAGAACAGCCGCGGCAACCGAUGCUCCAAGUUCCAGUUCCAGAGGCACGUUACUUGGACUCGCCAGGCCACGGCACGUCAUUCAACCCACCUCAAGCGCUUCAAACACUUAAGACGAUCAGGAAACCACCAAGCAGCUCGUCUCGGGUCGAUCCAUCAAUGGGACUGCCUGUCGCGGCACCAAGCGCCAAACAGAUCAUCAAGACGAACACUCAAAAUAGCACACCGCAAGGACGCGACAUUAUUCAACUACUCUCUGGCAAGCCAGAUGUCAAGAGCACGUCGAGUCAAGACAGCAUUCUACCUCCCAACGGAAAAACUGCAAAGGGGCAGGCUGCAGGACAUGGAAAUCUUCAAUCUGGCCAGAACAUCGCAAACCACUCAUCUGCAAGACACGAAAAACUCUACACACAAGAGAGUUUCUCAAAGAAGACAGGAAAUAGACAGCCUCCUGUUCUAUGCAGUUCAAGUACAUCUCGGCCGGGUCACGCAGCUGGGGUGCCAGAUGGCAGCUCGAGUUUGCGCUGGUGCGCUUCGGCCUCGUCGAUUGAUGUUAUAUCUUCAGAGAGAACCAACGUCAAGGCGACAUCCUCGGUGAACUAUCCACCUACGGGCGUCUGCCAUACUUCACGUCUGGAUGUGCAUCGAACGAGGCCCCCCCGUACCAUGGAAUUGUCCGUGGUGCCAGGUACUGUUGCGGGCAACCUUGGAAUGCGCUUUUCCACUUCGCUCGCGUGCAACUCAGGAAUCCAGGUACCUGGACCAGAUCACAGGAAAGCUCCAGAGGGACUUUCCAAACAGCUGGCAAUACUCUCUGGCUUGCAUUCGGUGUCAAAGGAUCUACUGGUCUCGCCAGCUCGGCGUGGAUUACCAGGUUUCUUUGGAAACGAAUUAUCGGAUACUCUCAAGAAUCUGCCAUUGCAGAUCAGCAGAAACGGUUUCCUUGCUCCGUCCGUUGUUGAAAGCUUUGGAUGCCUGCUUUCCAGUACUGCCUCGGCAUUUGCUGGUGCCUGGCAAUCAUCGUUGUCUCUGGCCUCUGGGUUCGAGGCCGUGGUCUACAAAUGUUUGUCUCGAUUUGGCCGCCAUAUCGCGUCUGCGAAGAAGGGCUCAUAUCUGGGCAUUCUGCAGGACGCUAAGUGCCUAUGA